GCGCUGAGGCGAUGGCGGAGCCGGAGGGGGCCGGGAGCGGCGGCAGCCCCGAGCCCGGUACUGGUACCGGCGGCAGCAGCGGGGGGUGGCGGAGGCCACACGGGCCCCUGCAGCGCUACUAUGGAUCCUCCGCGGCGGAGGCGGCCGAGGCCGCUCCGGACCCCGCAGACAUCAACGGGCCCCACUUCGACCCCGAGGUUUUCCUCGCUAAGAUCCGCAGCGAGUGUCCCCUGGGGCAGCUGCUGGCGCGUGAGGCUGAGCUGGGCCGGGAGAUCCGCGCCCUGGACAGUGACAUGCAGACCUUGCUCUAUGAGAACUACAACAAGUUCAUCUCCGCCAGCGACACCAUCCGCAAGAUGAAGGUGGAUUUCCGGCACAUGGAGGCCGAGAUGGAUGACCUGGCUGCCAACAUGGCUGCCAUCAGCGCCUCCAGCGCCCGGGUCAGCGCCGCGCUGCAGGACCGGCACCGCCGCGGCGCUCAGCUCGCCGGGGUGCAGACGCUGCUGCGGAAGCUGCAGUCUCUGGUGGAGGUUCCGGGGCGGCUGCGGCUCUGGGCAGCGCCGGGGGCUGACCCUGCCCGUGCCCUGCGGUGCCAUGCGCGGGCCCAGGCCGUGCUCCGGCACUACCGACACCUGCCCUCGUUCCGCGCCAUCGAGGACGAGAGCCGAGAGAUCAUGGCCGAGCUGGCACAGCGGCUGCGGGCGCGGCUGCGGGACGAGACCCUGGAGCCCAAGGAGCUGACGGAGUGUGUGGAGAUGCUGCUGCAGCUGGAGGAGCCUCCAGAGGAGCUGUGCGAGGCCUUCCUGAGCCAGGCGGGCGCGCGCCUCGAGGCCGAGCUGGCGGCGCUGGAGGCCGAGCUGCCCUCACCGGCCCCCCCCGGCACCGCGGCCACACCACCGCCGGCCACCGACAUCCUGGACUUCGUGGACCGCGGCAGCUCUGCCUUCGUGGGCAGCCUGUGCCUGCUGGCAGGCUCCUACCGCAGCCUGUUUGAGGGCCGGGCGGGCGCCGGCCCCGGCCGCCUCGACGCCUUCGCCGCGGCGCUGACCGCGCGGUACUUCGAGCUGCUGGAGCGGCGCCUGGCGCUGGAGCGGGGCCUGGGGGACACGUCCCUGCUGGUGCGGGCGCUGGACCGCUUCCACCGCCGGCUGCGGGCGCUGCUGGAGCUGCUGCCUGCCGCCGGAGCCGAGGCCGGUGCCGCGCUGGUGGCGCGGGCGGCACGGGAGCGCGUGGACCGGUACCUGCGGGCGCUGCAGACCUUCUUCAUGGGCUGCCUCGGGGACGUGCGCCAGGCGCUGGCUGCCCCCCGGCCCCCCGGCAAGGACGGGCCCGGCCUGCCCGACCUGCUGGCCACGCUGGCUGCAUCCGUGCUCGGCCAGCUCAAGGCCGUGCUGGCCUAUGUGCAGCUCUUCACCGCCAAGGACGUCGCCUUCGCCAGCCUGCCCUACUUCAAGGGGGAGUUCUGCGUGGAGGCCGUGCGGGAAGGGCUGGUGGUGGCCUUCGUACGCUGGCUGUGCCGCACUGCCCGCGGCUUCGCCGAUGGCCCCGCUGAGCGAGGGGCUCCCGCGGCCCCCCCGGCCCUGCUGCUGCUCCUGUCCCGCCUCUGCCUGGACUACGAGGCCACCACCAUCAGCUACAUCCUGACCCUGACCGAUGAGCAGUUCCCCCCACAGGAUGGGGCCCCGGCGGUGACACCAGGACCGGUGCUGUGCUCGGAGGCACGGGCUGCGGCGCAGCGGCUCCUGGACCACUAUGUGCAGGCACAGGGAGCAGCUGUGGCACAGAUGCUGCGCAAGAGUGUGGAGACGCGGGACUGGCUCAGCACCGUGGAGCCGCGCAACGUGCGUGCCGUCAUGAAGCGUGUGGUGGAGGACAUCACUGCCAUUGAUGUCCAGGUGGGGCAGCUCUUCGAGGAGGGUGUGCGGCGGGCGCAGAGCAGUGACUCCAGCCGCAGAGCCUUCUCCGUGUACAGCAGCUCACGGGCCCCCGGCCGCUACGCACCCAGCUACACCCCCAGUGCCCCCAUGGACACCCACCUGCUCAGCAACAUCCAGAAGCUCUUCUCCGAGCGCAUUGACAUCUUCAGCCCUGUCGAGUUCAACAAGGUGUCAGUGCUGACAGGGAUCAUCAAGAUCAGCCUGAAGACGCUGCUGGAGUGCGUGCGGCUGCGCACCCUGGGCCGCUUCGGCCUGCAGCAGGUGCAGGUGGACGGGCACUACCUGCAGCUCUACCUGUGGCGCUUCGCUGCGGAUGAGCGCGUGGUGCAGGGGCUGCUGGACGAGGUGGCUGCCAGCGCCGCGCACCGCUGCCUGGACCCCGUGCCCAUGGAGCACAGCGUCGUGGAGCUCAUCUGCGAGCGCGGGUAGGGCACGGGCUGGGGGGGUGAUGUACAGGACAUAGGGGGUGAUGUGCAGGACA